CCCUGCUUUCACACUCUUCGACUGUCCGUCCACGGCCACGCACUGACCCUCCGCUCUCAGCCAUGUACAAACUAUCCGGAAUCGUGUUCUGUGGCUGUCUAGCGCUGGGGUAUGGGCUUUUCUUCGGAGAGGCACCGAACAGUCUGCUCGGAAUGAGCGGAGGUUCCGGUAUGACUGGAAUGAGUGGUGGCGGCGGUGGAGGAGACAUGUUUUCCUCUUUAUUCGGAGGCUUUGGCGCCGGAAUGGGCGCUGGUGCAGGUAUGGGCGCACCUGCAGGUAUGAGCGGUACUCCCGGUAUGGGUAUGGGCGCACCUGCAGGUAUGGGCGCACCUGCAGGUAUGGGCGCACCUGCAGGAGGGAAUUCAAUGGACUCAAUGUUCCACGCACUAAGCAGGAUGACGCUCUGUGGCGAGACUCCGUCACGGAUCAGAUACAAGACAAGAGGAAGUUGCAGCCCGUACGAGUGUAACAGGAUGACAACCGGGCAUGACGUAGCUUGUUUAGGUCACUCAUGUUGUUGUAAAACAUUUCAAUGUACAGUGAUGCUGGACGCAUGAUAAGUGGUCAUCUUUAGUUGUGAUUUAGAAACCCGAGAAUAUUGACCAAAACUUGCUGACCAUUUGGACAAGCAUGCCAGGAACACUCGUUCAGGCAGUGACAUUUGAAUGGGACAACGUUAUCAUGUGUGGAAUGAAAAACUACCUUAAUUCUGAAAUAAGAAAAAAAUAUGGGUGUAAAACCAUUUCAUUUUUGUCAUUCCUGCGUUAAGGUCUUAAUGUGAAGGACUCGUUACCUAACCACAGGAGUUAUUAGAACCUAUAAACAAAAAAGCAUUUUACGAUCAUAUUUAAAGUGGUUUCCACAUGAAACAAACGAUAUUUACUUUUAUGGAAGUAGCUAUUAUCUGUAUUUGUAUAUGCUUAUGUUGUAUGGAGUACAAUUAUUAAAACAAAUAAGAACCAUU